AUGCCAACACACCACGCUCAACUUUCACACCUCCGGGCGUACCCCACACUUAUCUACAUCCCCUGUAUAUCAGCCCCCCUUGCGAAGCCCCAUCCCCGGCUCAUUCCCACGUCUUCAGAUAUUGCCCUUUUCAGGAAGCUGGUUUCAAACACAGGCGGCAGAAAGCACAUGAUACUGGUACGACCCUUGGAUUCUAGCUCCAAGAGCUACUUCCUUGGCCUCUCCAAGGACAUUGCGGGGAUGCUCGAAGUGAAGGGGAGUCUGGGGAAGCAUGGGCACAUCCAGUCUGCCUUUGAGGAGCUCGGUUCAUUUCCGCUGGACCGUCGAACGCAGGAAGCAACACCUGACUCAUGCUGGGCGAGUCUCGCAAUCGACUCUGAGGACAACUGCGAAAGCCCACAGUUGCCCCGAGAAAUUUGA